UGAUAAGUGAUCGGUGAUACGACAGUUGAUAAAUAGCCGCGUAUUAUUCGAUUGUCCGUGAGUGUACACUGUGCGUCCGAGAUGCAGUGGCUGUUAUUCUUAGCAGGGGCAACCUUAGUGGUCGCUGCUCCUCAAAAGGAGCACAAUCGAGGCUUAUCAAUAAAUCAGGAUGAGAACGGAGGCUACACGUUUACUGUCACUCGUGACAAUGGUGAGAAGAAGUUAGGUCAGAUCGGUCGCAGGGCGUCUGCGGAGGACAGCGAAGUGACCUUCGAGCUUACCACCUCGUAUGACGAAGAGAACGGUGGCACGCGACUCUCCGUGCGUUGGGACGGACCCCCUGACAGGAUCUUUGAAGACUGCUUUGACUUUGGAGACCAACAAUGGUACGGUGGUCCGGAACAAAAAGACCAGCAAUGGCCGAUCCAGAAAUCAAAGAUCCAGAAAUACUCUAUCAUAUCAAAGGAGGCCGACAACUCUGCCAUUUCGGAGAGAUACUGGCUGAAUUCUGAAGGAAUGUAUAUCUACAUUCAUCCAGAGGUGCCUCUCUUCGUCGACCACCACAACAUCCUUGAAAACCAUAUUUGCUUUGUUGCUGAGGUCGCGGACCCCUACUCCACUAAGAGAACACACAACGUUCUCAAAUACGAUAUCUGGCAGUUCGAUGACCCCAAAACCGCGCAUAUGCACGCCGUCAAGACAUACCUGGGCAAACCAACUGGAAUCCCAGAUUACAGGAUGAUCCAAUACCCAGUAUGGUCGACUUGGGCGCGUUACUCUCGUGAAAUCGAUCAGAACAGCCUCUGGAAUUUCGCCAAUGAGAUCGCCAACACCGGAUUUCCCAACGCUCAGUUCGAGAUCGAUGAUCUAUGGGAGAUCUGCUACGGUUCACUCACAGUUGAUGAAAGGAAACUGCCUGAAUUCAAAAAACUGAUCCAGGACAUCAAAGGUCUAGGGUUCCGAGUCACUAUUUGGGUUCAUCCGUUCAUUAACAAAGACUGCAAUCCUUGGUACAGUGAAGCUUUAGAUAAAGGGUACCUAGUUCUCAACGAGGAUGGCAGUCCUGACUCGUCGUGGUGGAACAACAACGGCUCAGUGCCGGGCUACAUCGACUUCACCAACCCUGACGCCGCUGAGUGGUAUUCAUCCAGGAUCAAGAACCUCAUCGAGACAUAUGACAUUGACAGUCUUAAGUUUGACGCCGGAGAGUCCAGCUGGUCUCCUCAGAUCCCAGUACAGAACGGCGAUAUCGACCUUCAUCCAGGACAUAUUGUGCGUGACUACGUCAGGACAGUUGCAGAAUUCGGGCCUAUGAUUGAAAUCCGCGCUGGAAUGCGGACCCAAGACCUACCCGUAUUCGUGCGUAUGGUGGACAAGGACACGCUGUGGGGCUUUGACAACGGACUGGCGACUCUGGUGACUACACUCCUCGCCAUGAACCUUAACGGCUAUCCCCUGGUGUUGCCCGAUAUGAUCGGUGGCAACGGAUACAAUGAGAAGCCAAGCAAGGAGCUGUUCAUCCGCUGGCUACAGGCUAAUGUCUUCAUGCCCACGCUGCAGUACUCCUUCGUGCCUUGGGACCAUGAUAAUGAGACGGUGGAGAUCUGCCGUCAGUACACGCAGCUGCACGCGGAGUUCGCGGACGAGAUCGCGGCCGCCAUGGAGGAGGCGGUGUCGAGUGGAACUCCUGUCAACCCGCCGGUCUGGUGGCUCGACCCCACUGACCAGGUUGCACUCGCUGUGUGGGACGAGUUCUUGCUGGGCGAGCGCGUGUUGGCCGCGCCCGUGUUGUCGGAGGGCGCGGUCUCUCGCGACAUCUACUUGCCGCGAGGCAACUGGCGCGCUCCUGACGGCUCGCUACAUACCGGCCCCGUCUGGCUCCGCGACUACCCCGCACCCCUCGAUACCCUGCCCUACUUCCUGCUCGAGAAGUGAUAUCCCUUAUCCUGACGGAUUCCUUGCUCGUGAAGUAAUGUCUAUUUCACAAGUUAUCCAAUUUCCUGCUCGGAAAGUGAUAUCCUUAGACCAACUAUUUCCAACACUUAAUAUAUCAUAAUAAUGAUACAAAAUCAAUAAAUUAUUAAAUUUUUUAAAUAUUA